GCAGUUAUACUCCUUUGUCCACUUAUUACAUCCGUCACAGAUCUAUAUAUCACCGCUUUCCAUAUUUCACAUUAUUCAUUUCAAAACUAAACAUCCUCCUACAAAAUUCAUAUCAUCUCUACAAUGAUUUCCGCCUCUUUCCGCCAAUCACCACCGCCAACGGCAGCCAAUACGUUUUCCUCCGGCGAGAGUUCUUUUCUAUCACCGUCUUGCGUCAGAUUCCGGCAAUACGGUUCCUUCUCCGUUGCCGCCGCGACCUGCGGUUCUGUGGCCAGGUGCGUGCCAGCUGUUUCUGCUUCUCCAGCUUCGUUUUACGAAAUUCUCGAAAUUCCGAUGGGAGCCACGAGCGAGGAGAUAAAGGCUGCGUAUCGAAGAUUGGCUAGAGUUUGCCAUCCUGAUGUUGCUGCAGUUGAUCAGAAGGACACGUCAGCGGGCGAGUUCAUGAAGAUUCAUGCUGCUUACUGCACUCUAUCGGAUCCUGAAAAGCGCGCGGAGUAUGAUCGGCGCCUUUGGAACCAAAGACGCCGGAGCGUCGGUUUAUAUUCCGGCUAUACUUGCCGGAACUGGGAGACCGAUCAGUGCUGGUAACAGUUCCGAAUGCAUCAAACGGGAAAGGGAAAUGGCUUGAUUUUUACCUUUGUUAGUACUAUUAGGACCUUUUUACUACGUUGUAAUUAUUUAUAACAGAUUUUGUAUAGUAUGAGUGGACUCGAUUACUGACAUUUGAUUUAAUUCUCAUAAUUACAUAGCCAUCUAAUGAUA